GUUAUGAUUCCAUCAAUGUUGGUGCCUGCAAUGGGUGGAAGCGAUGUAAGCUCAUUCUCUAGUAAAUUAUCUUUUCUCUUAAACCUCUGAACCUUUCUUUUGGUUUUACUGGGCACAUGCAAUUUCAUCCAGAACAUACUUUUUUCUUAACAAUGUUUGUAGUUCCCUUGGCCUGCCACUUGUAUUUUAUCCAGGGUGACAAGGCACGUGUAAUACAGACUCUCCUCUUUGUGGCUGGGCUUAACACACUUCUCCAAGCGCUUUUUGGAACCAAAUUGCCAGCAGUUGUUGGAGGUUCCUUCGCCUAUGUCAUUCCAAUAGCUUACAUUGUAGGCGACUCCUCGUUGCAACGCAUUGAUGAUCCACAAGAAGGUAUUGAAAGAGAUCUUCCCAUGUCAUUGGUUUGCAGAUAUUUAUUCAAACAAUGCGAGCUAUUCAAGGAGCUCUAAUUAUAGCUUCAAGUAUUCAAAUUAUUAUGGGCUACAGUCAAGUUUGGGGCCUCUUUUCACAGUAUGCCAUCAAUCCAGUAACAACUUCUAAUCAUUAAGAGAGUUUGCUGACUCUCUUUUUCCAAGUUUGUAAUUGUUUCUCUCCCUUCCCCUCUUGAUGCUUGUUGCAAUUACAUCUUCAAAAAAAAAAAGUGUUAUCAUUAAGAAAUUGUAACAUUAACAAAGUGUUAUUAUUGUAACAUAAUUUGAUUGAAAUAGAAAAAGGUGCUGUUCUUUUCAAGUGAUCUGGAUGUAAGAGAAUUGUAAUAAUAAUAUUAAUAAUAGUGUUGUGAUUUACAGGA